GUAUUCAUUCAAUCACCGUUCAGUGCCAUUCACAAUUUAUUAUUUUCAUUGAAAUUGUGUUGUUUUUGUGCAAAAAUUAAAAAUAAAAAUAAGUGCAGAUAAAAAGUAGUCUUGUUUUAUAAAACACUUAUUUCACUUUUGCCACUAAAUAAUAGAAGAGCGAAAGAUUGUAAAUGAGACGGAAUAAAUGACAACCUUGCGUAUACUACAACGUAUGUGUAUUUUUACUGAAUUGAACAUAUAGUGAAUUUUUGAUAAAUUAAAAAAGUUAUCAUCACCGAUUACGUUAUUUAAGAAUAAAAUAGACACAAAUUACAUGGAUAACAAUAAAGACUAAAGUUUGGACGGUAUUAUGUAUACAUUUGCGUGGGGUAAAGAGCACCUGAAUAUCAGGAGAUUUUUACUAAAAGUAUGUUCACCACGACUGGGAUGGUAGCAGCACCUCAACAGGCGACAGGUCAAGUCGCACAAAAUGGAAGCACUACCCUGCCGCGGUCUUAUCACCAAAGAGCAGGCAGACCACCGGCAGCUCCAAAAUCAUAUGACUAUUUGUUAAAAGUAUUGCUUGUGGGCGACUCGGAUGUGGGGAAACAAGAAAUAUUACAAGACUUAGAAGAUGGCUCUGCUGAUUCCCCUUUUUGUAGUGGAAGUGUAUAUAAGACCACAACCAUCCUCCUUGAUGGUAAGCGUGUGAAGUUGCAGCUGUGGGACACAUCGGGCCAGGGCCGGUUCUGUACAAUCAUCAGAUCAUACUCGAGAGGAGCUCAAGGCAUCUUACUGGUGUACGAUAUUACCAACAAGUGGUCCUUUGACAGUAUAGAUCGCUGGUUGGAGGAGGUUGAAAAGCAUGCGCCCGGAGUUCCAAAAGUACUGGUUGGUAACAGGCUUCAUUUGGCCUUCAAGCGCCAAGUGCAAGAACGUGAUGCUGAAUUGUAUGCAGCCAAGAACCAUAUGGCCUUCUUUGAAGUGAGCCCGCUGUGUGAUUUCAAUAUACGUGAGAGUUUCUGUGAGCUAUCACGGAUGGCACUACAUCGGAACGGCAUGGAAAGACUGUGGAGAAGCAAUAAAGUACUAAGUCUCCAAGAGCUGUGCUGUCGAGCGAUAGUCGCUCGGACGUCCGUCUACGGCCUCGAGCGGCUGCCCUUGCCGAGCGCUUUGAAAUCACACCUCAAGUCAUACGCGAUAUCCGCCGCACCCAGCCGCCACCGCGCCCGCCCCUCCAAACACACCCACCACACACGACUCAACUGCACUGGCAGGAACUCUUGCUCAAUCGCCUGAUUAAAAAAAAAAUAGUUUGAAAAUGGAACAUCUACAUGCCAUAUAAACUUUUGAUACUGGCAGGUUUUCGUGCAAUCUGAUCUGAUUAAAAGAAACCAUAUUAUUUAUUUGAAAAAUUCCAUUAGUGAUCACACACAGAGUGAGAGUUUAAGGAGAAAGAUUUUAAAUUAAUCUUAAUCCUGGAAUUUAGUUCCUGACUCAUUGAAUAAAUUGAAAGAAAAGUCCUUUAAAUUAUUAUUAUUGCUAUGAAAUCAAUUGAGACGAAGCGAUGUUGUUUGUAUUGCCAGAAAAACCCUUAGAUUGUAUCACGUAACGAAAUAACUGCCAUUUUGUUGUAUGUAAAAGAGCAGCUUUCAAUAAAAUAUAAUCCUAAUACAAAAACCCAGGCUGUAAGUGACAACGGAUUUGUGAUCGGUAUAAGUAUAGAGAUAAGAUAUUGUUACUUAACAUAUGUAUUGUGAAUAUAAGUGUUAUUUAAUUAUAACUUUAUGUGAAUAUUUUGAAUAUAGAAUGUAACUGUCCAUCUAUUCAUAUAGACUAACUAUUGUACAGAUACUGUUAGAUGUAGAGCCCAUAUCGGUGACGUCAUCGCAAAACGAAAUUCACCUAAAAAACAAUAAAAAAUGUAGUAUAUUUUUUAUGUUAAUGGAAAUAUUUGAACACAAUCUCAAGGAAAAUGACUCUUAAGUAUUGGAUAUCAUUAUAUUGAAGUGAAUACAAAAAAUUUUAGUACUGUUUUUGCGAGUUGUCUGUCUGUGAUUAAAAACUGCAACUACUUUCAAUAUUAGGCACUGCACUGGAAUGUGAUUAUAAAAAAAAAAUACCAAAGAUUUUUCUGGGAAUGGUUUAUUUUUAAAUUAAUUCGUUCGUGUUAACGUAUGUAUCAUAAAACCUGUACUGCAUAUUACCGACUGGGCUAAGACCUUCAUCUUAUUGAGACUCAAUUCUUAAAGUACAAUUUUAUAUGUAUUAAGCAACUAAUGGUCUUGAAUAUAAAUUUAAAUUAUAAAUCACUUAUUGUCCAUUAUAAUAAGUAUAGUGUAAGUUUUAACAGAUAUUUUGGUUCGAUUUACAAUAGCGACUAUUUCUUAUAUCAAUAACAUAUUCGACUUGGAAUUUUUCUAAUUGAAUUAAAACGCCUAUUUUCUGAGAGUUUAUCGAUUUGCACAGUUUAAAUGUAUCGACUAGCUUCUUUUUCUUGACGUGUUUGGGUAAGAAAUUAUGAUAUAAAAUUAAUUAUAACAAUCAAAUGUAUUAUAUCUCAAACAUAUUUUCUUGCACCACAUAUAGCGGUUGUCGGUUCAUUGUCACUUGACAAACAUGAAUUUACAUUUAGCAUUUGACUUUGACAGCUCUCAACUUUGUAAAUAACAGAGUAUAAAAAUUGUUUGGUCCGAUCCGUCCCUUGGUGACCAGACAUUAAGACCUUUGCCACUCGCAUGUGAAAUUUUAUGACUUUAUAUUCUAACUUGCCAGCGCUAUAUAUGUUAAUACAAAUAAAUCGUUACGAAUUCAGGGACGGAUUAUAAUUUCGAAUAUUCGCAGAGCCUGAGUUUUCACAUCGUGGCCUUGAACAAAUACGUCCCUGUAAUUUAUUAACUGUGUAUUUGAAAUAACUUCAUCAUGAAUAUUAUGUUCGAUAAAUUAAAUGUUCUCUCGACGAAGAGCUUACAAUAAACCGUAAAAAUGUGGCGACUUAACUUGACUUACAAAAUAGAACCGCGUCUUAAAGCAUAUGUGCAUAGUACGAGUUUGCAUUGGAAAUCUAGACAGUGGCAACAACGACGAUUCAAAUCAAAAUACUUUGGUACUUCCAGUGCUUAGUAUUACAAACUCGUACUAAUCACAAUAACCGUUAAUGAUUUUUGUUUAUUGACUUCCGUUCAGUUUAUUGCAUGUUAUGUAAAUAUAUAUAUUUUUUAAUCUGUAAUUAGAUUCAUGUAAAAUUCUUUUUUUAUUGAUAUAGAAAAAAAAAAAUGUUUUUUUGUAAAUAUUAAUUUCGAUAAUUUACUUUCAUAUUUUAUAAUUUGUGAUUGAUACAAUAUGUUAUUAUAUAAUCCAAAUAUACUAACGCCAGCUUAAAGUUCGGUGAAUACAGUCAUUAUUACUACUAUUGUAAGUUGUGAAAUAAAAUUAAUUUAAUAUUUA